UCUGCAUCGGUCCUCAGACUGAGGAGUGAAGAUGAAGCUUCUUAUUUGGUUGGCGCUUUUUGGCCUGAGCCUUUCCCAGCACAAUCCCCACACCAAACACAGACGCACCUCCAUCGUCCAUCUGUUUGAGUGGCGCUGGCAGGACAUCGCUGAGGAGUGUGAGAGGUACCUCGCCCCCAACGGCUACGCAGGAGUUCAGAUUUCUCCUCCAAGCGAGAGCAUCGUCCUCACAAACCCUUGGCAUCCAUGGUGGCAGAGAUAUCAGCCGAUCAGCUACAACCUCUGCUCCAGAUCAGGAACCGAGGCCGAGCUCAAAGACAUGAUCACCAGGUGCAACAAUGUCGGGGUGAAUAUUUAUGUGGACGCGGUAAUUAAUCACAUGUGUGGAGCUGGAGGUGGAGAAGGGAAACACUCGAGCUGCGGGACAUAUUUCAACGCCAACAAAAAGGAUUUCCCUUCAGUUCCCUACUCAGGCUGGGACUUUAAUGAUGGAAAAUGCAACACUGCCAGCGGCGACAUCGAGAAUUAUAAUGAUAUUUAUCAGGUGAGAAACUGUCGUCUGGUCAGUCUGCUGGACCUGGCGCUGGAGAAGGAUUACGUCCGAGGUAAAGUGGCUGAAUACAUGAACAGACUCAUUGAUCUGGGCGUGGCCGGUUUCAGAGUGGACGCUUGUAAACACAUGUGGCCUGGAGAUUUAGAUGCUGUCUACAGCCAGCUAAAGAACCUCAACACCCAGUGGUUCCCUGCUGAAUCCAGACCCUUCAUCUACCAGGAGGUUAUCGAUCUGGGUGGAGAGCCGAUCAAAGCUUCAGAGUAUUUUGGGCUGGGCAGAGUGACCGAGUUUAAAUACGGUGCUAAACUGGGAACCGUGAUCCGCAAAUGGAACAAUGAGAAACUGCGCUAUCUGGUUAACUGGGGUGAAGGUUGGGGCUUUAUGCCGUCUGAGAAAGCGUUGGUGUUUGUUGAUAAUCAUGAUAAUCAGAGAGGUCAUGGAGCUGGAGGAGGUUCCAUCCUCACCUUCAGGGAUCCCAGGUUGUAUAAGAUGGCUGUUGGUCUGAUGUUGGCUCAUCCAUACGGCUUGACCCGCGUGAUGUCCAGCUACCGCUGGGAACGCCACUUUGUGGAUGGAAAGGAUCAGAACGAUUGGAUCGGACCUCCGAGUGACAGCAAUGGAAACACGAAGCCGGUUCCGAUAAACCCGGACACCACGUGUGGAGACGGCUGGGUGUGUGAGCACAGGUGGAGGCAGAUCAGGAACAUGGUGAUUUUCCGGAACGUGGUGAACGGACAGCCGCUGGUCAACUGGUGGGACAACGGCAACAACCAGAUUGCGUUCGGUCGCGGGAACCGCGGCUUCAUCGUCAUCAACAACGACGACUGGACUCUGGACGUCACGCUGAACACGGGUUUGCCCAGUGGAAUCUACUGUGACGUCAUUUCCGGCCAAAAGGAAGGAAACUCUUGUACAGGAAAAGAAGUGCAUGUGGGCAGAGAUGGACACGCCUACUUUAAAAUCAGCAACAUGGAGGAGGAUCCGUUCAUGGCCAUCCAUGUGGAAGCUAAGCUGUGAAAGAAUAAAAAAUUAAAAUAAUCUCAGCAUAAAAUAAGAGUAAUCAGAGUGUCUGGUUCUAUCAGUCCUGCUUAACGAGUUCUGCAUUUAAUUCUCCAAUAUAAAAUAGAUAAUCAGGGAACAGAGAAGGUGAGGUGUGACGUCUGUCCUCCUGAUCUGUUUAUAAAUGUUUCUUCUUCUUCUUUGGGCUUUUCCCUUCAGGUGUCUCCACAGUGAAUCAUCUCUCUCCACCUAUCCCUAUCUUCUCCAUCCUCAACACUUACACCCACUAGCUUCAUCUCCUCAUUUAUUACAUCCAUAUUCCUCCUCUUUGUCCUUCCUCUUUUCCUCCUGCCUGGCAGCUCCAUGUCCAACAUUCUAAAUGUUUCUAUAACCUGUUUAUUAAUUAUUAAUAGGAUAAAGACAAACAUUAAUAGAAACUAUUUCAGGGGUUAAUCAGUCAUGUUAAUCUUCACAGCUCUUCUCUCUCACAGCUUCAUCUAUUACAAUUCCACUGAAAUAUUACCUGAUUUCCUGAACAUUAAACUGAAAUAAAGUCUCUUUAUCGUUCUGUG